AUGCCUCAGACAACAUCGUCACCAGAGGAACUGGACCCGGGCUCGUCAACGCCAGGGAACAGCCAAACCGGAGGGAACCCGCUUACACCGCCAAUCCCCCAGCACAUCCUGUCCUUCGUGGAUCACUCCACAUGGGGAGACCUCGCGGCCAUCGACGAGAUCGAGGAGCCCACGCCCAAGCAGAUGAACUCCCACAUCUAUUUCCUCAUGGAAAUUUUCUGGGCUUCUACGAGCUACGCAGGACGAAAGCUCUGGGGCGCAUUCAAGGACGAAUUCGACGAAUGGACCGCCCAACGAUGGGACAUGGUUCCCGACCGUACCCGAAAGCACCUCCGCGCCUUCCUGAGCACCAACGGCGUACGUAUCAACAAACAAUUCGCCUCCACAGAGUUCCGCCAGAACGCCAAGGAGAUGGCGAUUACCGUCAAGGAAGUCCCGAUCGAAGCCCAUAACAGCAUCGGCAAGGUAGAACGGUACCAUGCACCUGUACGACGUGCGUACGAAAUCCUACGCAAAGAGGACCCCUCUGCAAGCCCAGAACUGUCUCUGCAAAUGGCUGUCAAGGCUGUGAACGACACUGCAGGUCCCAACGGACUUGUGCCAACUCUGUUGGUAUUUGGCGCCUACCCAAGGAUGACACACAACUCUGCGCCAUCGCCAACGCUACAACAACGCGCCCAGGCGAUCAAGAAAGCCACAGACGCCGUCCGCAGGCUCCAUGCUGAACGCAAGGUCCAGGAGGCCCGCACCACACGCAAUGGUCCGGACACCUUACGCACCACGACCCUUCCACUGCAGUCACGUGUGAGAGUGUGGCGCGAGAAAAGCCGCCGAUGGGAAGGACCUUUCACAUUAAUCGGUGUCCACGACGAAGACUGCAUCGUGGAAACAAGCCGCGGCGCACAGAAGUUCCGCUCUACGGUGGUCAAGCCGUACUACGAGGACCCUGCUCAACAGGACGACCCUGCGAACCAGAAAGACACCGCAGAGAAACCAGCACCUGAAGUUCCGGACUCUCAACCAAGGAGCACGACCCCUCCUGGAAACGCCAUCGAAGAAGAGCCAAUCCUCGAUUCGAUAAUUGUGGCCACUCAUGCGCUCUUCCCUGGGGACGAAGACGAACUCCCAGACGACGGACCGCACAGGAACACUCGACCACGCAGAACCCACUUCGCCCACGCAUUCCUCCAGGAGAGCGAUGUUCGAGAGGACGAAAUCUUCGAGAUCUUCUUGUCAACGAAGGAACAAGCAGACGCCGCACUCGCAGUCCAGUUGCGCGCCGAUGGCAAGGUCACUACACCCGGGGAACCUUUUGAGGAGUCUUCUAAACAAGAGAUCGAGAGCCUUAUUACCCGAGGCGUCUUCGAAUUUGUCAAAUACGACGAGGACUUACACGGCGACGCAGAGAUCUUUAAGUCAAGGAUCGUAAACGAAAUUAAGGGCAAGACAACGGACAAGCCCUAUGAGAAAUCGAGGCUUGUGGUCCAAGGCUUCGGAGACGCAGGAAAGGAAGCCAUCCUCACGCAGUCGCCAACAAUCCAACGCGCAAGCCAACGCCUGAUCCUCGCAAUCGCGCCGUCACUUCAGAGACAGGGUUGUCUCCUUUGGCUGCGCGAUAUUACGCAAGCCUACGUGCAGUCGGAAAAGGCACUCCAGCGCAAGAUUUUGGCAUUUUUGCCCCCAACAGAUCAGGCACUUAUACCCCGAGGGAACCGUGAUGCGCGUGAUCAAGCCGUUGUACGGGCUGGCAGAGGCAGGAACCUAUUGGUGGGUCACAUACCACAACCACCAUUUGAAGAGGCUCCAGAUGGCAACCUCUACGUACGACCCCUGCCUGUUGAUCUCCUCCCCCGAGAACCCGGAAUUUGCCUGCGUGGGGAUGCAAACAGACGAUACUCUGGGUCUGUCAACAGAGGCGUUCUCACAACGCGAGAACGAUCAACUGAAAGGAGGCGUUCAUUCAGCGCCAAAGACAAGCAAUUUCUCACCACCGCGGAACCCCUGGUUUUCAACGGCGGCAUCGUUACACUCAACAAAAACGGUUCAAUCACCCUGCGGCAGAAGGGUCAAGCCCCAGAAGCUGCAAUUGAUCGACGCCAACGCGCCAGACGCCAAACAACAACUCUUAACCGAAGGAUCCAGUGGCAGAUGGACUCACAGGACAGGGGACUCACGUUCUUACCCCUGAACCUGGAGACUGCAAGACUGUACGUCUUCGUUGACGGCUCUUUUGCCAACAACAGAGAUUUCACCUCCCAGCUCGGGUUUGCGAUCAUCCUGGCCAACGAAGACGAGAUCAACGAUCGCCACGAGUUCUCCAUUACAGGGAACCUCAUCCACUUCAGCAGCACCAAGAGCAAGAGGGUUACCCGCAGCGUCCUAGCUUCCGAGGUUUACGGAAUGGUGGCCGGCGUGGAUAUGGCUUACGCCCUGGCUUCAACAUUACGCCAGAUCACUGCCCACCUGAACCUUCCUGCCAUCCCAACCAUCGUCUGUACAGAUUCUUACUCACUGUACGAAUGUCUUGUGAAACUCGGGACUACGAAGGAAAAGCGGUUGAUGAUCGAUAUCAUGGCACUGCGCCAGUCCUACGAGCGCAGAGAACUCCAGGAAGUGAGGUGGAUCAAUGGAGAGGACAAUCUGGCGGACUCCUUUCACAAAAACAACGCCGAAUCGUGCCCUGGAGCGGUUUGUUGA